AUGUCAGUCAAAAAAGAAAAAUGUUUUAGUAAUGAUAAUACAGAAAUAAUAAACAGACAGUUGAUAACUGAUAUUGUAGGAAAUCCUCUGAUAGUACACAGUGGUGUUAUGCUGUCUUCUGAAAAAGUACUUAAAGAAAGUAGUUUUGCCAAUAAUGUAGAUAAUAAAACAAGAAAAAUAUUAUUUGAAAAUAAACUUUGGAGUUUAAGUGACAAUACAUCAUCAAAUUCAGCAGACUGUUCUAUGUGUAAAAAUUUGUGCUUCCAGUGCAAGGGUACUUGUGUUACUUGCAAAAAUCCUUGUCAAAAAUGCUCUGUAAAACAUUGUAAUAUAUCUACAGAUACAGAUGAUUUUGACAAGUAUUUAGAUUCUCAGGCGAAAAAAAUUAAAAUUCAAGUAAAAGUUAAAACAAUCGGUAUUGACACUUGUGAUUUAGAUAGUCAUUUUGAUUAUUAUAGAAUAGAUAGAAAACCGAUAAUAAUUCAAAAAAAUGUAGCAACUGAUUGUAUUGAUUUAAAUGUCAGAACAAUUGUUAAAAAACCAAUCAAAAAUUCAAUCGGUAUUGAUACCAGUGACCUGUUGGCAAAUACUUCAAGACAUUUUUUGAGUGAUGACAUGUCUAAUGAAGGUGGUGAUCAAUUAAGUGAAAAUAAUAGUUUUAAGGAAGUAAUUUUUGAUUCUUGCUCAACUUCAGAUGAAUCCGAUGUUGAUCUUAUAACAUCGUGUAAACUAUCAAAAUGUAGAAAAUUGGCAAAAUUACACAAAGUAUCUCUUAAAGAAAUCAAAACUGCAAAUAAAGUUUUAUUUAAAUGCAGUAUUUGUGAAAAAGUAUUUGAUAAAAAAAGUUUAGGAAUAUUACAUUUGGGGAAAUGUAAUAAAAAAUUUUUGUCAUUAGAAUUGUUGGUGUCACACAUUCAAAGUAAUCAUUCCUGUUUAAAUGUUGAUGUAAUGAAAGAAAAUGAAAAUAUUACAAAAGAAAAUAUUUCAAAUAAUAGCACUCAAAAAUUUCAUGGUAAUAAAAUUUAUCAAUGUGCAUUUUGCUCGAAUGAAAAUGAAUCUUUGGUUCAAUUUGAUUCGUACAAAGCAUUGUAUUUGCAUAAAAAAAUAAAACACGGGAUAACCAGAUCAAAAAUAAAAAAAAAUGAAAAUAAAGGUGAAAAAAAGUUAAGAAUAAAAAGAGAAUUUAUUUGUUUGAUUUGUGGCAAACAAUUUAAAAGUUCAAAAGCAUUGAAAGAUCAUUCUCCCGUUCAUACUGGAGAAAAAAAUUACCAUUGCGAUAUUUGUAACAAAUCAUAUACAACGAGUGCUAAUUUAAAAAUUCACAAGAGAACUCAUACAGGUGCGAGAAAUUUUGUUUGUACAGUUUGUAAUAAAGCAUUUCAUAAAAAAGAUAGUUUAAAAGUACAUUUUAGAAAGCAUUCUGGAGAGAGACCUUUUCAAUGUGAUUUAUGUCCAAUGAAAUUUGAUAGAAAUUACAUUUUAAAAAAUCACAGAUAUACUCAUUUUUCAGAAAAAACAUUUAUUUGUCCCAUUUGCGGUAAAACUUUUACAACUCACGGGGGUUUGAAUAACCACGAAAAAGGACAUAAAAAAGAUCCACUAGUGAAAAAACCGCGAAAACCAGCAGUAAAGCCAACAUUAGAUGCUGAAAAUGCUGUAAUAUGUGACGUUUGCGGGAAAAUUUAUUCAACGAAAAGCAAUUUGAGAAUUCACAAAUUUGUACAUUUGGGUGUGAAACCCUUUGAGUGCACAAUUUGCCAUCAAACGUAUGCAAAAAAAGAUUCAAUGUUGACUCACAUGAGAAAGCAUACAGAUGAAAGGCCAUUUGCUUGCGAGACUUGCGGAAUGACAUUCUAUAGAAAUCACACAUUGAAAACUCAUCUUUUACGUCACACAGGAGAACGUCCUCACAAAUGUAAAAUAUGUGGUAAAAGUUUUACACAAUCUUCAUCAUUGGCUUACCACGUUAAAAACCAUGACAAAAAAGUCGAAAGGAAAAGAGUCGUAGGAAACGGUACGGGAAAACCUAAGAAAAAACGCAUUCUCCAGGGUAACAAUUUCGAGACGGAAGAAUCGAAAAUUAUUUUCGUGAAUAAAAAAUUAAACGAAGAACCUUCGGUGAUGAAUAAUUUAAGGAAUUCGCCGUCGGGAAAUUUAGAAGAAGAGAAAACAAUGUCGAAGGAAUCGCAUUUUGCAUUCACCGUACCGGAAAAGGAAAUUCUCAUACUGGAUAAAAAUCUCAGCGUUGAAUUUUCAAAAAAUAUUCACGGGAAUAAAGACGUGGAUCAUAUUUUAAACAUGGAUAAAGAUCUUUCGUAUCACAAUAAUCAGUAUAAUCUGGGAAAGUUCAAUUAUUACAUAGCGGAAAGUCACGUUUUCUCGGUGCCAAAAGACUCGGUGAAGGUGAAAAUGGAAAAAAAUGACGGAGAAGUUGAAAAUUUAAUUAUAUCUAAAAAUAGUAGUUACAUAACAAAAGAAGGCACAUUAAUCACGCUUAACCGUAAUACAAAUUUAAAAGAAGAAUAUUUAGAAUUAAGAGAUCAAAGAUUAGAUUUAAAAGGGGAAACGGGAGUUCCGAUAAGUGGGGAAAUAUUAAAUGCAGCUUUCGUAAGCGACGAAAAUGGUCAAGUCAUACCUUUUAGUUCUAUGACAUUGCAAGGGAUCAAUGCGGACAACAACGUUAAUUCCGUCAUAUCCGUAGACGGCGAAGGAAAAAAAGGUUAUUCGAAAGGUCCGAAAUUAACAAUGUUGGAAUCUAAAUUAAGUUACAACGUACCAUCGUCCCAAAGGUUUCAAAACGAUAAAAAUCAAAUUAAAAGUAAUUGUCACAUAAUUAAUUUGAAAGAUGAAAAAGGAUCGCAAAAAAUUCAAAUUGAAUUAGAAUCUCCAUCUUUUCAUUAUCAGAAUGCUGUAGGUGAAGAUGGUACGCUUCAGGGAAUCCCCGGGUUUUAUACAAACGUACAAACUAACGAAAUCUGA